GGUUUGGAGCCGUUUAUGGGGUGCUGGGUCCCCUCAGAGGGGUGUGGGGUGCUGCAGUGCUGCUUCACCCGCUCCUUCUGCAAACACAUCCUGGGCAAGUCCGUGCGGUACACGGACAUGGAGAGCGAGGACUAUCACUUCUACCAGGGCCUCGUGUACCUGCUGGAGAACGACGUCUCCACGCUGGGCUACGACCUCACCUUCAGCACCGAGGUGCAGGAAUUCGGGGUGUGCGAGGUGCGGGACCUGAAGCCCAACGGGGCCAACGUGCUGGUGACGGAGGAGAACAAGAAGGAGUACGUGCACCUCGUGUGCCAGAUGCGCAUGACCGGCGCCAUCCGGAAGCAGCUGGCGGCGUUCCUGGAAGGCUUCUACGAGAUCAUCCCCAAGCGCCUCAUCUCCAUCUUCACGGAGCAGGAGCUGGAGCUGCUCAUCUCGGGGCUGCCCACCAUCGACAUCGACGACCUCAAGGCCAACACCGAGUACCACAAGUACCAGGGCAACUCCAUCCAGAUCCAGUGGUUCUGGCGCGCCCUGCGCUCCUUCGACCAGGCCGACCGCGCCAAGUUCCUGCAGUUCGUGACGGGCACGUCCAAGGUGCCCCUGCAGGGAUUCGCCGCCCUCGAGGGCAUGAACGGCAUCCAGAAAUUCCAGAUCCACCGCGACGACCGGUCCACGGACCGGCUGCCCUCGGCACACACCUGCUUCAACCAGCUGGACCUGCCGGCCUACGAGAGCUACGAGAAGCUGCGGCACAUGCUGCUGCUGGCCAUCCAGGAGUGCUCCGAGGGCUUCGGGCUGGCCUAGGGGGGCCGCCCCGACCCCCCCGCAGGGGCUCUAUAAAUAUAUAUAUAUUUUUUGGUUC